AUGUUCUCUCCAACUUCAAUUGUUCGACAGUCCCGUACAACUUUAUUAGAUUUUUGUCGUUUCAAGUCUGCUCUGACUCCCCAUAUUUUGCCUAAAACCAAAUUGAACGACGAGGUUAUUCUCUCCAAAAGCAAUAAUCGUUACACUGUGACAGCGCUGCCAGGCGAUGGAAUUGGACCUGAGAUGCUUGCUCAUGUUAAACGUAUAUUUUCUUCCUCAAACAUUCCUGUUGAUUUUAACGAUGUUGAAUUAAAUUCGAAAGAUCCACUAGAUGAGGAAUUGGAAAAAGUGGUUAAUGCAAUACAUAAAACUGGGGCGGCUUUGAAGGGAAAUAUUGAAACAAAAUUUGACAAUCCAGAUUUUAAAUCGAGAAAUAUGGAACUUCGACGUCAUAUGCCAAUGUUCUUCAUUGUGUUUCUGUCCCAACCAUUCAUUCGCGUCAUAAAAAUCUUGAUUUGGUUUUGAUUCGAGAAAAUACUGAAGGGGAAUAUAGUGGACUUGAACAUGAAUCGGUGAAUGGAAUUGUUGAGAGUUUGAAGAUUGUGACACGCCAUGGAAUUGAAAGAAUCGCUCGUUAUGCUUAUGAUUAUGCUGUUUUGAAUAAUCGACCAAAUAUUAUCGUUAUACACAAGGCAAACAUUCAAAAAUUGGGGGACGGUUUAUUUUUGAAAGUGGCUAAAGAAAUUUGUGAUACUGAAUAUAAAUCGAAAGGAUUGCGUUUUGAUUCGCUUAUAGGUUUUGUUU